CUUUUCCCGAUCUCGGUGGUGGAAAAUACUGCUCCAUCCGACGGUCAGCCAGUCAGUCAGUGUCAGUUGGUCCCGCGGUGAACGUGCGGCAAAGUUGAAAGGUUCCUUCCGUUUACCAGAUUUAUUUCGUGGCACAGUGUGUUGUGUGGCUUCGCAGAAAUAACAAGAAGAAUAAGAAGAGAAAAAGUAGAAGAAAAUUUAGAGCAUGGUUUAGACGGAUCCGAGAGAUUAGCAAAAAGAAAAGCCAAAAAAAUCGCUAAAAGAAAUGAAUCAACGUUGCAGGAAUGUGAGUGAGUGAAAUCGAAGCCAAACCCGGUACCAAAGAGAGUAGUAGUAGAAGAAGAAGAAGAAGAAGAAGCAACACCGCACUCGUCAAACCAAAUGAAUUUAUAGAUGUAUUUUUUGUCUGUUACCAAAUAUUCGAAAAGUAAGAGUUAUUAGAUAUGAAUAGUAUUGUUAUUAUCAGUUUAUGGAUAUUAUUACUGUUUGACAAAGUUUUAUGUCAAGAUGAGUCGGUAUCAGUUUUAAGAAGCGAAAAGGUCGAACUGACAUGCCCGAUCGACAUAGCGACGUGCGGCGAGCUGCAUUCGCUCAAAUGGUUCCGCGGCCAGCACCGUAUCGCGGUCGUCUCCGGUGACGGCGAAGUGGCCAAGGUCGAGGGCGGCUACAAAGACCGACUGUAUCUGGCCCACGGGGCCCAGAGCAGUCGGCUCAUCUUUAAGAAUGUGGAAAUCUCCGACGAAGAUACAUAUCUGUGUGAAACCACUUUUUUAGAGCCCUCCGAGUUGUGUGAAAACUCCGGGGCGUAUAGUAUAGCACUCAAUGUUUACGCCGUUCCUUCUGUAAUAGCACUUCAGGAUGGCAGUAGGAAUAGUAUUAAGAACGGUUCUCACGUUGGACCAAUGCGGGAGGGUCAGGAUCUGCAAGUCGUUUGCGAAGUGUAUGGCGCCCGUCCAGUACCUGUGAUAAGUUGGCAUCGAUCGGGAGGUGUCGUAAGAGAUUCACAGAUUGUGGAGGAUCACAAGGGGCUCUUCACAGUCAAGUCGACGUUAUCACUCACCCUGUCGCGCCAGGAACUGGGGGCAACCUACAACUGUCGCGUCGAGAUGAAAGAGCUGCAGCUGGUUCUGGAUAAUCAUUUUCAUAUCGAUUUACAAGUGAGACCUACAAAGAUCAAUAUAUCUGGUGUCAAACAUCACACAGUGCAGGGUACCAAAGUGUUGCUACAGUGUCAGGUGAGUGGCGCUCGGCCCGCUGCCAACAUGACGUGGUACAACUCGUCCAAACUAAUAUCGGACGAAACGAACGAGAUCACCAGCAUCAGCACGAAAACGUAUCUACAAAAUGACGGCACGUUCGAGACCAUCAGUCAAAUGAUUUUCACUGCAACUCGCUUCGAGAACGGUGCAUCGAUGCGCUGCGAGGCGGACAACAUCGUGAUGCGUGAUGACGGAGAUCGGCCCCUGCACGAUACCCUGACGCUGGAGGUCAUGUAUCCCCCGGUGGUAUCGGUAAAGCCGGAAAACAUCACCGUCAACGAGACGCACGAUUUUCUCGUCUUCUGUGACUAUGAGGCCAAUCCCGCCUCGCUUGAAAGUGUCAAGUGGUUCCAGAACGAGCAGGAGAUUAAGCUCAACAGUGUCCGCCACGAGGGCGGUAAUCCAGAACAGACGGCCCUGCUCAUCAAGAACUCGACCCGGGACGACGUUGGCAACUAUACCUGCGAGCUAUCCAACUCCAUCGGGUCCGCGAAGUCCGAUAACGAGAUUUAUGUCGACGUACUGUACAAACCGAUUGUGGUUCUCAAAAUGGACCCCGAGAUCCCAGUAAUCGAGAACGACCAGGCCAACAUCACGCUGCUCUGCGACAUAGUAGGCGGUAAUCCGAUGAUCCUGACCAAAGUACGCUGGUUUUUGGACGGUGAAUUUCUGAAAGAACUUCCCGAGUGCGACGAUGACAGUCUUGGUGAUGAGAAUCUGUGCGAGGUGGACCCAACCAAGAUGCUGCUGCAAAAUGUGGGUCGUGAGUUCAUCGGUAACUAUUCCUGUGAGGGAUUCAACGUGGCCGGAUGGGGUGAUACUAGCGAGGAGCACCCACUGACUAUCUAUUAUGAGCCUGGGAAUGCAACGAUGAUACACUUUCCACAGAUUGCGAUCAAGAGAAAAAGUGUGACAUUCAACUGCUCAGUCGAAGAUCGAGGUAAUCCAGAAGCCACAAGAUUCCGUUGGUUACGAGGGGGAAAGCCUGUGAUGGAUGUUGUGACGCCAACCUGGACCGUCGAUCCAGUUGGGUUAGACUCGAGAACUACAUUCUCGUGUUUCGCCUACAAUGAUGGAGGCGAAGGCAAUGCGGCUGAAGUACGCCUGGAGGUCCACGCUCCUCCAGCCUUUGUUCAAAAAUUGCAUCCCUACACAGGAGCACUGUAUUCAACGUCGAACAUAUCACUCGCUUGCAAGGUGGAAUGUGUACCAUCAUGUACAAUCUCCUGGUUUAAGGAUGGUGUAGGAAUUGAAGAUAACGAUGAAAGAUAUUAUAUCACAAACAAUUAUCUAGGGGCUACGCCGGCCACCGGAGAUUUCGAAACUGCUUACUCAGUCCUGCAUUUCAACAUGUCCACCUGGCCGGAUGGCAUCCUGGACAGAAUACGAGAUAGCUCAAACUAUUCCUGCGUAUCAUCGAACAACUCAGCAGGCCCUGGAGUUCGUAGCACCACCUAUUUUGGCGUUGAAUAUCCCCCAGAAAACACAUCCCUAUCGAGUCCGGCCAUUUCGGUGGAGGAGGGAAAACUUCCACCGCGGAUUGUGUGUUCCUCGCGUGCCUACCCGGAACCGGCAUUCUACUGGACGCGCAACGGGGAAACCAUUGUGAAGGGAAGCUCGCUGAUUGUGAACAAUGUGAUGGAACGGUCCGACGCUGGCAUUUAUACCUGUACGGCUUUCAACAAGCACGGGAAUCAUUCCACGGAUGCCGUAAUCGAUAUACACUAUAAACCUACAUGCACCAUAGUCCGCAAGGAGGUGAACGACGAGGAUAUUCUGAUUUGCACUGCAACUGGUAGCCCGCGCGAGUCGGAGUUCGAGUGGAGUCUCAAGUACGAAAAUGACACGCUGCAGAACCAUAAGACGCGAGGCGAUGCCUACGAGAGCACCCUGGUGCUAGACAACGAUGUCUCGGCGAUGCGAACGUACAUUUGCGUAGCCAGCAAUAGCGUCGGACUGGGGACGCCAUGCGAAAUCGAGGUGGCAGGAUAUGUCGCCUGGUGGCUGAAGGGGGAUAUUCUAACACCGUACAUUCUGAUUGCGGCCGUUGCGGCAUUGUUGCUAGCGGUGAUACUGAUCUGCGUUAUCAUCAUCUGCAUUUGCCGCCGGAAGAGAAGACAGGACAAAUUUACUGGAGAAUCGUCGACUGCUGGAGGAUCCCAAAUAGAACCAGGCGAAUAUGAAAACCUUCCUUUCCACGGUCUCCAAACACCUCCUAAGAAGGUCAUGCUAGCCAAAAACAGUCUUGCUCCAGCAGCGAAAUGUCCUAACAAAUCGCUAACUCCGUCAUGUUUCCCGACUCAUCCAUACAAUUACAUCAACUACCAGCAACGUGACAGCAAUAACUCAACAAAACCAAGCUCUGGCCUGUCAUCCUAUAACACCAGCCAAUCCACUAUGAUCACUAACCAAAGCAAUAAGUCCUCACUAUCCAGCAACCAGGAAUCGUCGAACGCAACUAACAAUGUUAGCAGCUUUCAUAGUAAAACAGCCGACCGGAAAAAACCGAUCGGAGGUCAGCAUCAGCAGUUGCUGGACAACAGCGACACACUAUCGACUCACAGUUUUUCCUCGGGGAAGUCACUCAAACGGCCUGGCGGUCAAGGUGGUCCUGGACUUGGCGGCAGUGGGGAGAGUAAGAAGCUGAUAGAUCUGGAAACGGUUACACCGCUGUACGAAAAUCUAACCGACUCGAUCCAAAUCCACGAGUCCCCCAUGGAGAACCCGGGUGGGCCCGGAAUCGGCGGUAAGUUUACUAUCGACGGUCAGGAACGGUACAAGAUCAGUCUCCGGAAGCCUCGUAAAUCGGGCAGCCGGUCGAACAGUGCUGUAUCCAAUAGCUACUACGACUGUAUUAAACCGAUUCCAGCACCUCGUCACCGGAAGUACGCCUCCACCAAUUCGCUGCUGUCGAAGAACAUUCAGCUGUACAGCAACAAGCUGGAUCCCAUCUAUAUGAAUCUGCCGAUCAGCUCUGGCUACGAGACGGAUCCCAGGGGGAACGAUGAAAUCAACUCCGGCAGUGAGUGUCCCUCCACGCACGAUAACCACUACUUUGAGAUUACCCAGCAUCAGACGCGCAUCCUGAUACCGAAGGAGCUCUUCCCCGUAGAUAGAAACAAUCAAGCCAAGAUUAAUCAGCUAUUGAAAAAGAAUCUCGUUUCCUCGAAUAGACGUCACAUUAAACUGCCUUUACAAAAACAUCAUAGCUUUAAUUUCCAAUCCUCCCAAACGGUGGAAGCGACCGUGCGCGAUCUCAAGAUCAAAUCGCACUCGAUCAGCUCCAAGACGCUGCGAGACUAUCGAAACAGCAGUGCCACCAAUGGCCAAAGUAGCAGCAGCAGCAACAGUAACACUAGCAGCAAUUUUAUCAAUAGCAAUAGCAGCAACAGUAUCAGCAAGUUCCCAACUAGCUCUACCAAUCCGUUCAUCAGUGGUAGCACACUAACCAGCAGCAGUAGUCGACGCUCGAUCGCAGCAGCCCGGCAGCACACGACCCUGGCUACCGCUACUCUGGCUACGGUACGUCAACAUCCCAGCCAGUCGCAGAGCGAAGAGGACAGCAGUGCCAGCGAUCAGGAGCCGAAAAAUCGCAACCAAUCGCUGCAGCAUCAGCAACAACAACAACAACAUCACCAUCACCAUCAUCAUCAUUCUCAGCAUCAUCCAAAGCACUCACAAAAGCACCACACACUAGGAUCGGCGUCCACGAAAUCUGCAACAGUCUACAAGUAUGAAACUAACUCGAUAGCCUUUAAACCUAUCACUCCUGUGCCAACGAGUACUCCAGCAAUAACUAACUCUAAAUCGUCAGUUAAUGAUAUGUGUAAAGAUAAAUUUGCUAUUAAAUAAUUAAACUAAGAGCAAACGACAAAGCAGGCUAAUAGUAACAAACAAACAAAAAAACAGUAUACAGAAGAAGAACAAAAAAAACUAACUGAUUAGAAAACAAAA